UAGCUAUUAGCGUUAGUGCUGGAGGAGACUAGAGGGGAGCUGUCAAGAGACUCAGCCUAGCGUCGUAGCCACAGCCUCGACGCUCCUCUCAAACGCUACACUGCCGACGCUACUACGUACUACUACUACUGCUCAGCUCACUCCCUCUCCUGUCUUUCUCUCCCUGUCUCUCUCUCUCUCGUGCUGCUCAUCCCGGGGCAGUUACUGGCUGCCUUUGUUUCUCUGCAUCACCUUGCAGUCAGUUGCCUGCCUGUGGGUUGGACCUCAGCACUUCUCACUUUUUCUCUCCAGCUCUCUUUUUAUUUCAAUCUGUCCGCUGUACCUACCUGGUCUUGCAAAAAUGUAUCGGAGCGCAAACCCAUGGAUCUCAAACUACCUGAGCCAUGUCAAGUUCUGCGGCCAAGAACUUGGGAGUGAGACCCCCAUCAAACUUGGGAAGGCAAGACUUUUACAGAAGAGGGCUCUUAGCUUCCAGAAAGUGUUCUUGUUCGAAGAGAAAAACACCCUGGCCAAGAACACCAAGGAUAUAGAUGUAAAUCUCUUGGCAAGCCUCCCUAAAGUUUCAGAAUUGAGGAAGCGUUUUGAAGGCAUCAGCCCAAGCACUAGCUGUGACUGGGAAAUGAACAGGAAGGAGAGGAUUGCCCGGCGGUUGGAGGGCAUAGAGAGCGAAGUGCAUCCCGCCAUAUUACCCAGCUGCCCAGGCCUGGUGACCAAUCAGCUGGUAGAGGAAGACACGCCCCGUUACACACGCGCCUCGGACACCUGUGUUGUCACAGUACAACGUUACAGUAAGGAGGACAUGGAGAGUCCAGAGAUGAUGACCCAUCAGCUGGUCACUGCUCCAGAGAGGCAGUCCAGAGCCCGGUGCAGACCCGAGGAACAGACCCAGACCGUCCUCACCGAACCCACAGACCCCGCUGGUUCUGACCUGGACUCCAAGGUGGAGCGGAUCGCUCGCUACAAGGCAGAAAGGCGUCGCCAGUUGGCCGAGCGCUAUGGUAUCUCGCUGGACCAAGAGCCAGACACCACUGUCACCGACCACUUCUCUUCCCGAUACGGUGCCUCCUGUGGACUCAAGGAGUUGGCUUCUUCCUCUGAGAGGCAACAGGGCUACACACACCCAGAAACACGCUGCAGGGCAGAGUCUGUGGGGGACGAACACUCCUACACAUCCAGUAGAUCCAGGGUGGGUAGAGUGGCCCCCCCACCACAGGGCUACGGCAAGCCUGACCAGGGGCGACCCAGGGUUGACUCUUUCACAGAGAGGGAGAGGGUGGAGAACCUGGAGAACCAGCGCAGGGCGGCUCAGCAGGAGAGGAACAUCAACCUGGAGAACCAGCGCAGGGCAGCUCAGCAGGAGAGGAACAUCAAAGCCCCCGAGCCGCAGCCGCCAUCUUCCUCCACCUACAUGGAUGUGACGUCGUCGACCUCUGCCAAAGUGCCCAUUGCUAAGCACAACACCAUCAUGGGGUUGCCCCCCAGCUCACCCAAGACUGGCCGGAAGUCCUUGCUGCCCUCCCCCAAACAGGGGGAGGGGGACCUGUUCAUAGAGCAACAGGCCCACAACAUCCUCAGCAGACAGGGCCCGGAAGUGAAACCACCCAGCGAUUGGUUCCUCCAGAGUGAUUCGGCAGGCAACACCCAGUCCCUUAUCAACUGGCCCUCCAGAAUCAGAGUUAGGGACAAACUGGCCAGGGAGGAGGGAGUUCGAAAGAGGAGUCCAGAGCUGGGCCACCAUGUCCCUGAGGCCCCCCUGUACAGGAGACACCCCCAGAUCACCACCUGCUCCACAGCCUACCACCAUGACCCCCAGGCUCCGGCGUAUACCACCACUGACUCUCCAGGCCCCAAGUCCUACUCUCACCACCAGCCUCAGCUCACCCGUUCUGGGCGGAGUGAUGACCCCAGCUAUCUGUCCAUGACUACUGGCCCCGGUUCCGGGGCACAGCGGCCCCAACAGCCUCUGCCAGAGGAGGAAAAGGAGAUGGAGGGAGAAGUGGAAGAAGAGGAGAAGAGGGGAGCCCCUAGGGAGGGCAGGAAAGCUGUGCUGCCAUCAGAGAUCAGAGGAGUCCAGGGAGUGGGACAGGGGAGGGAGGCUGAGCCCAGAGGAGGGUACAUGGAAAGAGGGGGAGAGAGACCCAGGAUGAGAUGGGAGGAAUCAGACACAGACCCUGAACCAAUCAGACCUACGGAACAACCCAUGACCCGCCUGCAGGCCGCCGAGGUCAGAGCAGAGCUCAGAGCCUCCAGGGAGAAGGGCCAACAACUGUGGAGUGACAACGCCAUCUACAUCCAGAGAGGCGUUUCCCCCAUCUCUACCCACAUCCAGAACAGGGGAGGAGGCCCAACCGCCACCACCAUGACCACUGAUGCCUUCAUCCGCUCCUCAUCCGACACUGGGCCCCAUGGGGCCCCUAGAGGCUCCAUCCCCAGGGCCCAGGAGCCAUGGUCGUUCAAAGAGGCAGCAGGCCUGCGGAGGGGGGCCAUUGAAGAAGGGAUCAGAAAUAGAGACCAGAGACCACUGGAGACCAGGGACGUUCGUAUCUCUGUGGCCAAGCUUCGUCACUCCUACCUGGAAAGUGCUACGACUGCUACUGCCCCAGUCGUCAGGAAACCUGAGCUAGAGGAGGAAAUAAAGUGGGUGUACCCAGGGGGGACGGAGGUCCCCUGGAGAGGGGUGCGGGACAAUACAGUAGUCCCAUGGAGGGGGGACAGGGACUGGGGGCGCAGGCCCAGACUCUCUAUCUCGCCUGGAGAGAGUAGAAGGACCUCAGAGAGGUUUAGGACCCAGCCCAUCACCACCGCUGAGAGACACCGGUCUGAUAGGUCUGGUUUGAGCCCAGAUCUACCAAGCACUGAAGCCGAUGAAGAGAAAUUGGAUGAGCGGGCCAAGCUGAGUGUUGCAGCCAAGCGUUCUCUCUUCAGGGAGUUGGAGAGGAACACGGAUGGGGGCUCCCCAAAACCCCCAUCACGGAACGUGGCCAUGGAGAGGCGACUGAGACGCACCCAGGACCGCUCCCAUACCCAGCCAGUCACUACUGAGGAGGUGGUCAUUGCUGCCACCCUGCAUGCGUCCUCACAGGAGAGUGCUGCAGCCAGGGAGCAGGCCAGGCAGACCCAUAAUGCACCAGAGGUCCAGAGAGAGGCCCAGCGUACGUCCUCCAAGCUCCUCCAGACUUCUUCUCCUGAGGAGAACCAGCCCCAGACCCAGUAUCAUCAGGGCCAGGGGGACGCAGAGCCGGAUCUGUCCACCUUAAGCUUGGCAGAGAAGAUGGCUCUGUUCAACAGGCUGGCCCAGCCAGCCACCAGGGUGAUCCGCACCAGGCCGGACAGCAGGGGGCGCAGGGCCAACGCCCGUUACCAGACCCAGCCCAUCACCCUGGGAGACCUGGAGCAGAUCCAUAACGGGGCCAAGUUGGGCCAGCUAUUCUCAUCUGCCCUCAGACCUGGGGCCACAGACCACGCAGGGGACAUCCACUUAGCCACUGGGGGUGGGGGUAGCCCAGCAGAGGCACCCAACCCUGGGUACUGCGAAAGGUACAUCCCCCACCACCCUAGCCCUCCCACCCAGAUCACAGAACCCUCCAAUGCCGUCUGGAGGUCUGUGCCUGGCCCCCACCACCAAGCCUCUCUGGAUCUCCAGGCGAACCAGACUGACUCAACCACCAUCCUCCCCCAGGGAGAGGAGGGCGAUCUGUGGGGAGGGAAGAGAAAGUUGCCCUCUCCGGAGGGAGGUGUCAGAAAGGCCCCCAUGCCUCAGGCCUGGUCUGGUGAGAGGGAAUGGGAGGAGGACCAGCGUUUGGCCAGGUUGGGUGGUGGUGAGGGUGUGGAGCCCCAGCGUGUGUUGAAGGGGACAGAGACUGGUGGUGGUGGUCUCCACCAGGACCACAGGCAGCACCAGGAGCAGAGGGGCUAUCUGAGACAGUCAUCAUUAGACCUCCAGGACCCAGACGGACACAGAUCAAAGGUCAUCAGCACUGAGCUGCCAGACUCUAGUGUGUCAUCAUCGAGAGCAGCAGAGCAGCUAAGAAGUGCAUCUCUCUCUCCACACACACUGCUGCCUCAGGCUCGGGAGCUGGGCGGGGCGGACACACACACGGACGGCAGCAGUGGUCUGGGACACACACACAGCCUGGUCCAGUCUGAGCAAGAGGACAUAGAGCUCUCAGAAGCCAUGUCGGCUAGACAGAUGUCCAUCAAAGACAGGCUGGCCCUGUUGAAGAAGAGUGGCGAGGAGGACUGGAGGAACAGGAUUAAUCGGAAGCAGGAUGUGGUGAAGGUGGCCGUGUCAGAACGUCACGGUCAGCUAUGGGAGGUGGAGCAGAGCUUCAAGAAGAAGGAAGAAGGGAUGCUGAUUAAUGAGUUGGCUGUGUCUGAUCAGCUCUGGCAGAGGAUGGGAGGGGGAGAGGAGACUACGGAAAACCAGAACCAGCCUAUCGAGAUGUCUAUCCAUGAGAGGAAGCAGCUGAUUGUGGCCCGAGAAGAGGCCUGGAAGUCCAAGGGCCACGGGGCCGCUAACGACUCCACACAGUUCACUGUGGCCGCACGCAUGGUCAAGAAAGGUCUGGCUUCUCCUUCUGCUCUUUUGAACCCUGUGACGUCUCUCCCUUCCAAACCCAAGAACACCACUCCUGCCAUCUCCAAGCCUCUGGAAGAGAUCGAGGCCAAACCGGACAUGAUCCUGGAGUCGGACAGGAAACUCGAUAAGCUGGACUCUUUCCUGAGCAAGUUGAACAGUAAAGUGGGCGGCCUGCAGGAAUCCACCAUCACAGUCACGAAGAAGACGGUCAAAGAUGUCAUGAAUCUGGAUGAUGAGAUGUUCGACAAGUUUUACCGCCACAUGGCCGAGAUGCCCCUCAACAUGAACAGCAAGGUGGACAUCAAUGACGACUUCGACGACAUCUUCGGUGGUACCCAGAUGCCCAAGCUGACCUCAGCCAUGGUGGAGCACAAGCGGUCGGUGCGUCCGGUGCGCAACGUCCAGUCGUCCAGGAACCCUCUGAAGAUGCUGGCGGCCAGAGAGGACAUCCGACACGAGUACACAGAGCAGAGACUCAACAUUGGCCUGCUGGAGAGCAAGAGGAUGAAGCAAGAGAAGAUGAAUAAAAAUAGUGGAUUCUCUGAGGUGGCUCUGGCGGGUCUGGCCAGUAAGGAGAACUUCAGCAGUGUCAACCUGCGUCGUGUCAACAUCUCCGACCAGAUGUCCAACAACAGCGCUGUGCCCUACAAGAAACUCAUGCUCUUGCAAGUCAAAGGCCGACGGCACAUCCAGACCAGACUAGUGGAACCCAGAGCGUCCUCUCUAAACAGCGGGGAUUGCUUUCUGCUCAUCACACCCCAUCACUGCUUUGUCUGGACCGGAGAGUUUGCCAACGUCAUCGAGAAGGCCAAGGCUGCUGAGCUGGCCCAGUUCAUCCAGACCAAGAGAGACCUGGGUUGCCGUGCCAAUUAUGUAGAGCUGAUCGAGGAGGGUAUCAACACACACAGCUACGCUGCCAAGGAGUUCUGGAAGAUUCUGGGCGGACAGAUCAGCUACCAGUCCGCAGGGACACCAGACGAGGAUGAGCUGUAUGAGAGCGCCAUCGUAGAAACCAAUUGCAUCUACCGCCUAGUGGACGACAAACUGGUCCCCGAUGACGACUUCUGGGGGAAGGUUCCCCGAUGCACGCUGCUCAGCCCCAAACAGGUGUUGGUGUUUGACUUUGGCAGUGAGGUGUAUGUGUGGCACGGUAAGGAGGUGACUCUGGCCCAGAGAAAAGUUGCCUUCCAGCUGGCUAAACACCUGUGGAACGGAACCUUCGACUACACCAACUGUGACAUUAACCCCCUGGACCCUGGAGAGUGCAACUCACUCAUACCCAGGAAAGGCCAGGGCCGUCCAGACUGGGCUAUGUUUGGAAGGUUGACGCAACACAACGAGACCACCCUGUUCAAGGAGAAGUUCCUGGACUGGACAGACUCCAAGAAGGAAGGUACCAUCAAGAACGGCCAUGAGCACCUCAACGAAAACAACAAGGAGCAGCAGAGCCCGGAACAGAACAUGAUGCGGGCCUAUGAUGCCUCUCUGAUGCUGCCACUGCUCCAGACCCCGGUUCGUACGGUGUUGGAUGGGGUGGACCUGGGCCGGGGCUAUGGCCCGGUGGCGGGGGAUGACCGCAGGCACUUUGAGAUCAGCACCACCGCUGUGGACAUCUGGCACAUACUAGAGUUUGACUACAGCCGGCUGCCCAAGCAGAGCAUCGGACAGUUCCAUGAGGGAGACACCUAUGUGGUGAAAUGGAAGUACAUGGUGAGCACAGCAGUUGGGAAGAGGCAGAAUCCGGACGCGGUGAGGAGCGCAGGAGCUGGGAAGGAGAAGUGUUCCUAUUUCUUCUGGCAGGGCCGGAAUUCUACCGUCAGUGAAAAGGGGACGUCAGCGCUAAUGACUGUUGAACUGGACGAGGAGAGAGGAGCACAGGUCCAGGUGCAGCAGGGGAAGGAGCCUCCAUGUUUCCUUCAGUGUUUUAAUGGAGGGAUGGUGGUCCAUGCAGGGAAGAGAGAAGAGGAGGAGGAGAACUCACAGAAUGACUGGCGAUUGUACUGUGUGCGGGGGGAGGUCCCGGUGGAGGGCCACCUGCUGGAGGUAGCAUGCCACUGCAGCAGUCUGCGCUCCCGGACCUCUAUGGUGCUUCUCAGCGUCUCUAAAGCAACCAUGUACGUGUGGCAUGGCUGCAAGGCCCAGCUCCACACCCGCGACGUGGGGUGCACUGCCGCCGACAAGAUCAAAAAACAGUGUCCGUUGGAGGCGGGGCUCCACAGCAGCAGUAAGGUGACCAUCUAUGAGUGUGACGAGGGGGCGGAGCCUACGGGAUUCUGGGAAGCUCUGGGAAGGAGAGAUAGGAAGGCCUACGACUGCAUGCUCCAAGAUCCAGGGAAGUUCAACUUCACCCCUCGUCUCUACCAGCUGAGCAGUACGUCUGGAGAGUUUGUUGCAAUGGAGUUCUUCUACCCAGCCAGAAUAACGGAGGAGGUCAACUCACUGCCCUUCCUACAGGAGGACCUCUACACUGCCUCUCAACCAGCCCUCUUCCUGGUCGACAACCUCCACGAGGUCUACCUGUGGCAAGGCUGGUGGCCCCAGGACAGCGAGAGCCCUGGCUCUGCCCGUAUCCGCUGGGACGCAGACAGGAAGUGUGCCAUGGAGACGGUGCUGCAGUACUGCACAGAGAAGAAUGAGAAGAAGCCACCCAAGGCGUAUCUGAUCCAUGCGGGACUUGAACCUCUAACCUUCACCAACAUGUUUCCAUGCUGGGAACACAGAGAGGACAUAGCUGAGAUCACUGAGAGGGAGGCAGAGGUUUGUAACCAGAUAAUUCUGGUAGAGGAUGUGUUGGCACGGCUGUGUAAGACCACCUACCCCCUGGCAGACCUGCUGGCACGGCCCCUACCCGAGGGAGUCGACCCCCUACGCCUGGAGAUCUACCUAGACAAUGAUGACUUUGAGGGUGAAGGGGCUUAUGGGAAGAAAGCUCUGGAGAUGUCGAGGGAUGAGUAUGAGGUGUUGCCAGGUUGGAAGCAGGUGAACGUGAAGAAAGCCAAAGGAUUGUUUUAG